AUGGAGCAGUCAAACAAGGGUGCGCGGGACCUUGGAAUCUUAAACGUGGACACUGAUGAGCGCACGCCAGCCAAUCAGUUCGCCCGAAGAAGAAAUGAGGCGCUUCCCCUGGAGAACCCCGGUCCCCAGUUCUGCCGGCGGCGAGCUCGCUCCAGAAAAUCGCCGACCUGUCUGUCCAUUGGACCUAUAUCCAGCCGUUCUCCGCCCUCGGCUUCCAGGGCUAAUUGGCCCAGGGUCGCGCGGAUUCUGAAUCCUUGGGGCGUUUCUGCGGGACAGCCAGCUGGUGCGUGCCCCGCGGCGUGCGUCCUCCGCCGGCCUCCAGCUGUCCACCGCGCCACCACGCCACCACCCGGUCCUCUCUGUCUCGGAGCUCGGGCCACAUUCGCUCUGGCUAGGGAGGGGGCGUGUGAGCCCCGGCGCCGCCACCCGCAGUCGUUCCCGCAGGGUCCCCAAGAGCCCUGGGCACCCAGAGCACGGCCAGGACCGCUUAGUGAAAGGGACGCCUCCUGCUGGGGACUGCGCCUGGAGCGAGGAGGCCCGACCAAGUGGUGCGGGCCCAAACCUGCCAGAGCUCGGCGCGCUCCAAGUUCAUUGUCUGCCUGGGCCGCCGCCGCCUCCGCGCCGGGAGCACCGUGGGGAAUGAGGCUGCGCGCAGCCCCCGCCACCCGGACUCCCAGCGCCCAGUCCCGGCCAGCUGGAGCGGAACCCGCAGGAGGGCACCGAAACCCCGAGCCAAACCUCCGCCCGCCGCUUCUCGCCGCCCCCAGCCCGUCACCCGGCACCCAACUUGUACCUGAAAAGCCCAAGACUAGCUCGGAAGCCUCUGCAGCCCCGACUCCGCGGGAGCGCGCGCCCAGCCCCGCGCCUAGCGCCCCGCAUCCAGGGCGCGUCAACCUGACUCCCCGAGCGCUAAGAGGAAAAGUUUGGGAGUGA